AUGGCGGGGGGGACCGCGCACCGACUGGGCUCUGGGGGACCGAUGGGCGCACGGGGGAGCCGGGGACAGGGGAAGCCGGCAGGGAAGGGAGUAGAGCUGGGGACGCUCGGAACCGGGGCCGGCGGAGCGAGCGGAGCUGAGGGGGCUGCGGGCUGCUGGUCGAGGGCUGGGGCAGGGGGCGAGACCCGACCCCCGCACUGUGGUCGGGGGUCUGACGCCGCUGCCGUGUCCCCGCAGACUGCCACGCUGCGCCCGUACCUGAAUGCGGUGCGCGCCACGCUGCAGGCCGCGCUGUGCCUGGAGAACUUCUCCUCGCAGGUGGUGGAGCGGCACAACAAGCCCGAGGUGGAAGUCAGGAGCAGCAAAGAGCUGCUGUUGCAGCCAGUGAUCAUCAGCAGGAACGAGAAGGAGAAGGUUCUCAUCGAGGGCUCCAUUAACUCCGUGCGCGUCAGCAUCGCAGUGAAGCAGGCUGAUGAGAUCGAGAAGAUCUUGUGCCACAAAUUCAUGCGCUUUAUGAUGAUGAGGGCUGAGAACUUCUUUAUCCUGCGCAGGAAGCCUGUGGAGGGUUAUGACAUCAGCUUCUUGAUCACGAACUUCCACACGGAGCAGAUGUACAAGCACAAGCUGGUGGACUUUGUCAUCCACUUCAUGGAGGAGAUCGAUAAGGAAAUCAGCGAGAUGAAACUCUCUGUCAAUGCAAGGGCCCGCAUCGUGGCAGAGGAGUUCCUUAAGAAUUUUUAGGCCGUGGUGCAGGACCCCGUGGCUCCCCUGUGCUUGUGCCCACAACAGGGCACUGUGCCUGUGCCUGCUCCCGUUUCUCGGAG